AUGGCGCGGACCAUGAGACCCGACGACAUCAACCCCCGGACGGGGCUGGUGGUGGCUCUGGUCAGCGUAUUCCUGGUGUUUGGUUUCAUGUUCACUGUGUCCGGCAUCAAGGGAGAGACCUUGGGGGACAUCCCGCUGCUGGCCAUUGGGCCAGCCAUCUGCCUACCGGGUAUUGCCGCCAUUGCCCUCACCAGAAAGACCGAUGGCUGCACCAAGUGGCCCAAGAACAAAUGUCCGUGCUGCAAGCAAGUCAAGGACCGAGAUGUCAUGGAGCUCCUGAGGACCACUUCGGACCUGGAGUCUGGCAAGGGAAGUUGCAAUGAGCUGGCCAAAAAAGCGUACCAGCAGGAUGGGAGACUGCUGCCAGGUGAGGACUCUGUGUCCAUCUGCACCACUACCACCACCACCACCAUGGGAGAGUGCAAGAGCCUCAUCAGAAAGGUGGACCAGGAGGCAAUGCUGAGAUACCUGGAGGCCUGUUACCCAGAGAUGCCAGGGAAUGUCUUUGUGGGAGAUGGCUCCAUGUACAGUGCCUUGGAGAAGAGCUCUUCUCCCACCAGGGACAGCACGACUUCCCCCGACACUGAAGACAACAUUUUUGUUGCUCCUAAAGACAGUAUCAUUGUCUGCUCUUACAAGGAGAACAGCCCUUAUGACAGAUACUGUUGUUAUAUAAAUCCUACUGGAGUCAGCUCAGACCAGGAGACCAUAGUGUGA